AUGUCAAAUCGUCAAACCCGCGUUAGUGAUAGGACGCCGGCGUCCACAGCAGAGCCUACCGCUAUACCACUAGUAGACUCUGCUGUCGCAUCUGCGGUUGCGCUUGAAGCUAUCACCACUGUUCCACUCGUCAGUUUACCAGCGAAGAGGAAGAGGGUUAAAACAGCUCGUGCACUUGCAUCGCUAUUCCCUUCGCCCACGCCUCCUCCUCCUCCUAUUGCUAUAACUUGCCGUAGCAAGGCGCUUAAGUGGUCGGACAAUAUAGUAAUAGCUAUGUACAACGGCCUGCUUAAAGGCGUGAAUAUGGGCCUCCGUGCGCAGAGCGGUUACUAUUCUAGAUGCUGGCAAAUUGCAAUUAAAAGAGUUUAAGCAGUUACAACGCAGCUAAUUAAACUUAUGCAGAUAAAGUUGAAGCAAGCGGACGGGCGGAGGCUCUGGCAGAGCUGGUGGCCUUAUUGCAAUUACUCUGGCUGGAGCGUUACAGAAGAGGGUAUACCUGUUUCUAACCCUAAGGUUAUAGAGGCCAACUUUCUGCAGAAUAAAUUGCAUUAUAGAUAGCACUAUAAGGCGCCUCUCGCGCACGAGCAGAUAUAUGCUCUCUUUAAAGGGAUUAUAGCAAUAGGGUAGUAUAGUUAAACUGCUUAACAGGCGCAUAAGAGCCUGCGCGGCGAUGCGGAGGAGGCUAAUAUAGAGGAGGCUGCUGUAGAGAAGGAGGAGGAGAAAAAGGUAUUAGCCGAAGAGGUAGAUAAUAAGAAGGAC